UCCCUCGCUGGGCGGCUGGGCCUCUGGCUGGCCGCGUCGUUCGUUCCAGCCCUCCAUCCACCCCGACCCCGCCCACCUGGCCACCUCGGGCGCGGCCUCCUCUCCCCUCACUCCAAAUCUCCUCUCCCCAUGGCGCUCCAAACCCUAAACCCUCACCGGCACCCGGCCGCCGCCUCCCCGACCCCGGCGCCCGUCCCGCGCCGCGGCCACUCGCCGCAGCCCAUCCUCCACCUCCCGCCCCGCCGCCGGCUCGCGGGCGGCGCCGCCCGCCCGCGCGCCGUCGCGGCCGCCGUCUCGGGGGCCGUCAACGAGGCGCGGAGGCGGGGGCGGCCGCCGCACGGGGCCGGGGAGGGCGGGAAGGAGGCGGACCUCGCCACGCUCGGGAACCUCUGCGUCGACGUCGUGCUCAGCGUGCCCCAGCUCCCGCCGGCGCAGCGGGAGGAGCGGAAGGCAUACAUGGAGCGCCUCGCAGCCUCGCCGCCUGAUCAGAAAUUUUGGGAGGCUGGUGGGAACUGCAACUUAGCCUUUGCCGCAGCUAGGCUUGGGCUUCGCUGUUCCACGCUGGGGCAUGUAGGAGAGGAAAUAUAUGGGAAAUUCCUUCUUGAUGUGCUUCAGGCAGAGGGUAUUAGUGUUGUUGGGAUGCUUGAGAAUGCUGACGCUACUGCAUGCCGUCAGGCCUAUGAAACACUUCUAUGUUGGGUUCUUGUAGACCCAUUUCAGAAACAUGGUUUCUGCAGCCGUGCAGACUUCAGUGAAGAGCCAGCUUUCAGUUGGAUACGUAAACUCCCGGCAGAUAUCAGGACAGCCAUUCAUCACUCCAAAAUACUGUUUUGCAAUGGCUAUGCUUUUGAUGAAUUUUUUCCUGAUGUGAUCGCAUCCUCUAUUGACUGCGCAAUUGAUGCGGGAACAUCAGUGUUUUUUGAUCCCGGUCCCCGUGGAAAAUCUCUCUUAAAUGGGACCCUGGAUGAGCAGAGAGCACUUGAGCAUGCUCUGAGGCUCAGUGAUGUUCUCCUUUUGACAUCAGAUGAGGCUGAAUCUCUAACGAAUGUCAAAAACCCAAUUGAGGCUGGGCAAGAGUUGCUAAAGAGGGGGAUCCGCACAAAGCAGGUUGUCAUCAAAAUGGGUUCCAAGGGAUCAAUCAUGAUCACUAAGAAUGCUGUUUCCUGUGCACCUUCUUUCAAGAUUAAUGUUGUGGACACGGUUGGAUGCGGAGAUAGCUUUACUGCUGCUAUAGCCUUCGGGUUCCUCCAUGACUUGCCAGCGGUUAACACACUAACACUAGCAAAUGCAGUUGGUGCUGCCACCGCCACUGGCUGUGGGGCAGGCAGGAAUGUUGCUCACCUGGAUAAAGUACAACAGCUCUUGAGAGAAUCCGAUCUCAAUGAAGACACAGCAUGGAGUGAGCUGAUUGAAGCAAGCUCUUGCUGUCCUGAGGUCACAGUUCUGUCUAGGACAGCAGUCAAUGGUUUCAGUGAGCAUCUUGUGCAUGUUCCUGUUUGUGAUGUAGUUUCCGACCUUCUGCCUAUGUUUGAAGCUGUGUCAGAGCGAAGCACUGUCCAGGCUUGAAUCCAUGCUGAAUAGUAGAUGGCUGUAUUCAUUUUGUCAUUCAUAUAGGUUAUUCCUUUACCCCCACCAUCACGCUGUUUUCAGGUGAUGACUGAUAGUUGGAGGCUAGCCUCCAGGUAAAGCUAUUUGUUGAGAAGAAUGCGGUUUGUGAAGCUAUUGUUAGCUCUACAGCUGGUGCCAUUGGCAUGGAAUGAUGGUAAAAUCUGAAGUUUUGUUCUAACCUGAGUGCGAUUUGGUGCUCCGAGUGCCUCCCUGGUUCA